AUGGACACCGAAAAAGGUGCAUUCGCAGGAUUUGCUGCAUCCUUCAAGGCUGAAAUCGAGCCUCAACAUGCCGAUCUUCUUCUCUUUGCAUGCUGUUUGACCUCAGGACUUGUGGACAGUACAAUCUAUAACGCUUACAACACUUUUGUGUCCAUGCAGACCGGAAACACAAUCUUCGUUGGAUUAGGAGCCUCAAACCAGAACGCUCGUCCGUAUGGUUGGGCGCGCUCGCUCACAUCGAUCGGAUGCUUUGUCUUCGGGUGUUUCCUUUUCGCGCGCUUACACAGUGCUUUGGGUGCACGAAGGCGUGGAUCACUGAUGAUGUCCUUCAUGUUGCAAGCCAGCAUCAUUAUCAUAACUGCCGGUCUUGUCCAAGGCGGAGCCAUAUCGAGUGCACUCGAUGACCGGCUGUCGCAGACCACACCCCCGUGGGAUCAAGAGGUUCCGAUUGUUCUUCUCAGCAUCCAGUCCGCCGGUCAGAUUGUGGCGAGUCGCGCCUUAGGUUUCAAUGAGAUUCCGACCGUGGUCAUUACCAGUCUUCUCUGUGAUCUUGUGUCCGACCCGAAGCUGUUCCUGAUCCGAAACCAGAAGCGCGACCGUCGGGUCAUCGCGUUUGUGCUAACGCUGCUUGGGGCGAUCAUUGGUGGAUGGGUGACCAAAGCCACACAGGCGAUCUCCCCCACUCUGUGGCUGUCAGCAGGGAUUAAAGUCGUGGUUGUUAUAGCCUGGGGGUUGUGGAAGGCGAGGUAG